CCCACACCGAGGCCGCCGCCGGUGCCCGCGCCGCCGACUUCGAGCCCGGCGAGCUCCACCGCGAUCCUCCCCCUCCGUAUUCCCGCUCCGACCGGUAUCCCGAUGAGCCUGCUUUGAUGUUGCCUGCAAGAUCUUGGGCCUUGAGGAAGGCAUGUUACCAUGAACUCAGCUUUGGAUCAUGUUCUGGGAUUUUUUUUUAUUUAAAAGGGUUAAUAAAUGAGUUGGAUGAUGGAAAUAGUUUUGUGGGGGCUUUUGCAGCGCAGAAUCUGUUGCAUGGAUUCUCAUUUUGCAGAGUCACGGUCAUAUGUUUGGUUUGGGAUAUUUGUGAAAGUUAAUACAAUGUCAAGUUUAAUGCAAUUUGAAGUUAUUGUCAUAAAUGCUACAGUGUGGGGAAUGUGCUAGAACAUCUAUACGGUUACAGGAUUUGUCGGGGACAGACACUGACCGUUACAAUUUGUUUUCGGUGAAUAACAUGUGGUUAUAACCAAUGCCUGGCUGGUAUUUCUAGCUUCUGCCGCAAGAUUUGUUUGUGGGUGGGUGAAUUUCUAAUUAACCACUUUUGCGGAAGCUGACCUGACAUUUUGGAAAGAUAAUGCUUUACUGAUGAUAACUUCAUAGAGUUGUUGGUUAUAUUUGGUUAUUUUGAUAUUGAACUCCUGGUUAUUUCAAUUCCAGAUACUGGGUAACUUUUGGAACAUAGUCCUUGUGAUGAUUUUUUUGGCUGGUGGUUGUCAUUUUAGUUUCUAUGGUUUUUCUUCUUUGGUUGGUUGAUUAGGGAUGAUUCUGAUGGUUCUUUAUUUACAACAUGGAAGGCUGUUUUCCAGAGUAGUAAUCCCACAAGUGAAAUUUAGGAACUUCUGUUAUCAAAUUGUUGCAUAGCUUCUCUCCUGAAUCCAUAAUGUUUUUCAUGUUGAUGCAUUUGACUGGGACACCGAUAUGGCACAGAAAGGGGAUGCGUAUCUUCUUAACAUGGAGGAAUGCCCUUCAUGUCUGAUUUCUUUCUCCUGUUGUCUCAAAGUUACUCGGGGGCAUAGUAUAUCCCAAAAAAAGGUGAAUUGGUUGUUGACAUUGUUGUACAUGGCUUCAAAGGGGUUUAUCUGCCUGGGCCAUUCCUUUGUAUGGUUUCUGCAAAUUGGUGAACUAUAUUGCUCGAAUCUACCUUUGGCUGUCAUAGCAUACUAUCAGAGGUAGUUCCAAAAUGAGUCCCACAAGUUGAAGUUUGGGAUUUUUUGUGGGUCGGUGGUGUUUGUUGGUGGUUAGUUCCUUGUGGCAUAUACAUUUUGAUCUUGUGCUCCCGGAUCUGAUUGCUUUCAGAAGGGUGAAAUGACAUUGGUCUAUUCUUUGUCAUGUUGGAUUAGUUUUUAGUAGGGGUAGUGAAUGCUCAUAACCGGGUUUUGAACUUGGUUCCUAUUUUAUACUCAAGUUCCUAGGUUGCCGUUGCUCUUAAAAAUGAAUUUGGAUUUGAUAUUUCAGAUUGUUAGGUUAAAUGAUUUGUAGUUUUAACUAUAUUGUGGUAGCAUUCAGAGAUGGAAAGAAUUGGUAUCAAGGAUAUAAAGGAGGCAACUUAUUAGUGGAAAACCUUGCUCAUAGAACUUGUUUACUUUAUGGUAAUAUGGAUCAGGUGUUUGGCAAGUGACAUGAAGGUGUUGUCAUGUAAACUGCUUGCGCUCUGCACACUUUUUAAUUUUUGUAAUCAUAAGGAGGAAAAGCCCUGUGUGGUGGUAACCUUCCCUUUGGAAUGUCAAUCUGAUUAUAUGACAGUUGCAUGAUCACAAUAUUAUUGGAUUCUACUGUAGAUUGCAAUGCUGAAUUUUCCCUCGCUUCCUGUAAGUCACUUAUUUUCAAACUUCAUUGUCUUUGUUUUCCCAGGAUAUAGAAUUCGUGCAGGUUCUUCAUCUCCAAUUCACCGUAGAGAUGCAGAUCACCGUUUUAAUUCUGAUUAUAAUCACUUGUCAAGAAGCCGGGGAUAUGGUGGUGGGAGAGAUCCUGGAAGAUAUCGAGACCCUUCACCCCCAUAUGGUCGAGGUAGAGUAGGUGGCAGGCCAAUGGGUAGAGCUUUUGAUGGGCCUGGCUUUGUUUCUGGACUUGCUAGAGGGGAAGGUAACGGUAGAAAUAACCCCAAUGUGCGUCCUAGGGAGGGAGAUUGGUUUUGUCCUGAUCCCUUGUGUGGUAAUCUUAACUUUGCAAGGCGGGACCAUUGUAACAGCUGUAAUAGGUCUCGCAAUGCACCUGCACAUGCACCUGCUAGAAGUCCUCGGAGGGCUUAUCCCGCUCCUCCACCGCUCCAUGCUCCUCCUAGACGCUAUCUUGGACCUCCGAUUGACCGCUCUCCUGAAAGGCCAUUAAAUGGCUAUAGAUCUCCUCCUCGUGGGUUGGCAAGGGAUGGCCCUAGAGAGUAUGGGUCUGCUGCUCUCCCACCCCUCAGACACGAAGGCAGGUUUCCGGAUCCCCAUGUGCGUAGAGAGCGAAUCGAUUACAUAGAAGAUGCUUACAGGGGGAGAAACAAGUUUGACAGGCCACCCCCACUGGACUGGGAUAGUAGAGACCGUGGAAGAGAUGGUUUCUCUGAUGAAAGGAAAGGAUUUGAGAGGAGACCACUGUCACCCCCUGCACCUCUUUUGCCAUCCCUUCCCCACCAUCGCGGUGGCCGGUGGGCUCGUGAUGUGAGAGAAAGAAGCCGCUCUCCAAUAAGAGGUGGCCCACCACCAAAAGACUAUCGCCGGGAUACGUUCAUGAACCGUGCAAGAGAUGAUAGGCGUGGCAUGGGACGAGACAGAAUUGGGGGAAUGUAUUAGCUGUGGCCUGUGGCUGUUUCAUGUACUUCAUUAUGUAAUAUUAGCUUCCAUUAGAUAUUGAGAGAUUAGUUCCUGAAUCUUCACAAUAUGUCAAUGCAUUGGAAAACUUUUUGACUCUGCUGUAUUCGGUGGUUUAUCGGUUUUGUUUUCUUUUUCUUCUCAA